CGUUAGCGCGGUGUGGGCAUGGCAACCUUCCUGCGCUGUUUCCCAGUUUAGUUCUGGGUGUAGUACAGUUUGAGGUCUCGCUUCCGUUGAGGUUGUAGACGGCUGUCAAAGGAAACAAAGUUGGAUUUUCUUAAACACCAACGACCGCCGCUAUGUCCAACAACAACGCCAGCAGCAACUUAGUGAUCGCCCAGAGAACCGUGAAGCAGCUCCGGUUAGAGGCCAGUACCCGGAGGAUCAAGGUGUCCCAGGCUGCCACCGAGCUGAAAAACUUCUGCAUUCAGAAUGCCAACAAGGACCCGCUCCUCAUGGGGGUCCCCUCCAGCGAUAAUCCCUUCAGACCCCCGAAGUCCUGCUCACUCUUCUGAGCGGCAGAAGGAACAUGAAGGAUUUCUCGUCCGUCAAAGCUUCACUUCACCUCUCGUCUGCGUCGUCGUGGACUUGUUCUGCAGCUCCUCACGGCGGGAGGAAGGGUGGGAGGGAGGGAAAACACUCGGUGCUGAAGGUUUUUUGCACUCGGUGCUGAAGGUUUUUUUGGGGGGUUGAUGUCGAUCUACUCUUUUUGGUUUUUUUUUAAUUUCUUUGUUUGUUUGUUUUUUUGCCAAAACUAAUGGUAUCAUAUCUCCCAUCUGUUACACGAAAGCACGGCCGAACUCUUACUUUUUCAACAAACAAGCAGAAGAUGUUCCUGACACUAACUUGACUAAUGAUUAAUCUCGCUUUGCCUAAGUGCUCAACAUGUCCGGCAUCUAUUUACAGACCGUUCCCGCUGUUUGCUUUUUUUCAGUCGGUGCCCUUCUGAAGGGCAGGUGGAGGGAUGUUAAACGUAAAUUCGAUGCAGGUUCUGUUCCGUCUGCACCGUUUUGUGUCGUUUAUCUCUGUAAAACAUUUUAAAAAGGAAAUAAUGUCCAACUACAUUGCUAGCCAACUAACUGUACCAGUGCCUUUUUUAAAGAAGAAAAAAAAGAUUGAAGUAUUUAAGCGAAGAGUAAAAGUGUCCCAGUGAAGCUGAGGUACUACAACAUGACGUACUUUAACGUUAGGAUAAGUGUUGGUUUGUUGGUCUUUUCUUUGUUUCUUUCACUCACCUGUUAUCAGUUCUUUUGUUGAAUCUUUUUAUUUAAAAUGAGAAACACGUAAAGGCCUUACACUAUUCGGAUAGUGGUAACAACUUUUAAUUUAUUUCAUAUUGCACGAACGCUUGCGUAUGUAUUGAAAUCCUUCCGUUUUGUUUGUGUUUAGUGAGUCGGUCAUCAUUUUUUAUUUUUAUUUUUUUUUUCACGCUGGAAUCAACCAAAAAUCUUUCCUGCUGUCUGUCGGCACUCGCCUUCGUUUUCUGUGCAACGUUCGGGUGAUUAGGAAACGACAGAAAUGCUGCCUGUAACUUUUUCCACGGCAAAAUCAGAAGGUAACUUUUGAAAGUGUCACUUUGUGACUGCUUUUUUUUUGACAGACGGGACAUGAGGCAUUCAUGAAAAGUAGUCACGUACAUUUUGACGCUUUUCCAAAUUAUGUGAGUGAAGUUGGGAAUAAAUUGGAUUUAGAAACGAUCAUUUGAUUGUAUUUGGAUUGACUCUCUGCUGCGACGGGGAGCUGCUGGACCGGGUUUGCUUUGUGUCGUCAAAUACUGGAAAUCUGCACGAAGCCACAAGAAUUACCGUUAUCUGUCACCUCAAUGAUUUGUGAUGAAUGCGAUGUGUUUGUAUGAAAGGAAAUAAAUAAAAUAUAUAUACUUGCAA